AGAUGGUCAACUGAAGUGAACAAACCAGUGUUAAACAAGGGUGUUAAACAACAAUAAGCAGACAGCUUGCCGGCUGUCAAUUUACACCUAGGGAGACAAAAUGAUGACAGAAGUACCAACUAGCGAAGAGGAAUUCAGCAGUUCUAUUUCGGACACAGAGAGUGAAACAAGCCACCCAGAAAUCUGGACUGCUAACGAGAGGAAUGAACGAUCUCGAGAAACGACACCUAACUGUUCAAUGGUUUUUUUUAUCCUCGGGGUUUCUCUGACAGCACCGUUCAUCACUUUCGUUUCUGCUGCUGAAGAUGUAUUAGCAGGAACAGAUAACGCGACCGGACUUGUCAUAAUAGCGCUAACAGCGCCCUCUCUUGUAUUAAAGAUUGCGUCGCUCUGUUUCAGAGAGGUGUCCCAUGUAGCCCGAAUGUUUCUCGUGUCAGCUUUUAUUAUUGUGGGCCAGUUGUGUGCGGUUUUUAUCACACACAUUGGAGGACGUUUUGCUGGGAUUUGCCUGGUUUCUGUGGGAACGGGAAUUGGUGAAGUCAGCUUAUUUAUGCAAGCCGCUAAAAAAUUGGAAGAAGUUGCCUUGUGCUCGUUCAUAAUCGGAACUGGAGUUGGAGGAGUUUUGGGCGCUAGUUUGUAUGUAGGUAAGAUAUGUCCAGAAAAAAAAAUUAUUUCUGUUCUUUCCCUUAUUAUCUUAUUUUAAUCUUACAAUAAUACUCCCACCUUUUGUAAAGUUCUCAAUCUUCAACUAGCUAUGCUGAAUUCGAAAAAACUGCAUGAAUACUGUAUUUAACUUACUCCUCCAUGGGUUCUAUACUUAGUGGACAAAGGUACAUAACUAAAUCAACAAAUCUCUCGUUGUUAUCUUCCUUUUAACUUUUAUCUUUUUAAUAGCUAUUGAUUAGACUUGGCAACAUUUUAUUUUAUCUAUUUUAUUUUACACCAACAUUUCUUACAGUGAGUUGUGAGAAGACCUCACCACUGAACUUAAUAAAAUACAACUAAGUCAGAUAAAAUUUUGUUAAUUUUUUAAUAUGCAUAUUUCAGGCUUUCAUCCAGCGCUAAAUUUUGAAAACUUUGUAAGUUGCUUAAAAUCUGCAUUUGGGAGUCUUUUAGAGGCCUAAAACUCAAUAUUAAGUCCGCGAUGCGGUUUCUUUCAACAAACAGAUAUUUUGUCUCCUCUGGCAUGAAUUUAUAUUUUUUCCUGUUUGUAAGUGAACCGUUAAACCAACAAUACAGCCAAAUAAAGGGACUCGAGUUGUGAUAUUAAUAACAGAAGAAAGUAUAAAGACGUCAAAGCACCGUGAGAUUUUUGCCGAUUAUUAUGCCAUUAAGUGCAAAACUUACAAACUUAACUAUUUCAAAUUUUGGAUAAGCUCAGCAAUUGUUCGUUUUUAUUACUCUUUUUUAUUUUUAUUUACUUAUUUCUUAAUUCAUUUAUUUAUUUAUUUAUUAACACUAGUCUAUUUCUGAUAGAUGUAUAUGAAGUAAAUCAUACAUCUAUUUCUAUCGCCGGGUUGUUGACAAGCGGCCAAACCCCGGAACAAGUGUAAAUGCUGCAUAGAAAUCGAAAUGGACCUUCUAAUUGUUCUAGUAAAACUAUGUUAGCACUCUACUGCAACAUAAGUAAACUUUCUGGUGAAUCCCAACAAAGAACUUACCGCGAAAAGCCCGAUUUUUCUCUACGUGAGUACGUCAGCCAAUCAUAAAGCAAGAUUUGCAAGGCAUGUAAAUGGCCUAUAUCGUGUGGCACGAAAUUUUUGCGGGAGUUUAUUUUUGCGAGAUUAACGAUUUUUUGUGUUUUUCGGGAACUAAUUUUUGCGAUUAGUACAGAUUGGUUUUUGUUGGAGGAAAUUAAUUUUUGCGAUUUUCAGAAAGUACCCAGUACUGGCCAGCAUUGAUAAUACUUCCGUUAUUAUUGAGUACAUGCAACAGAAAUACAUAUUUUCAAGCAAUAAACCAGUAUUUCGUUGUUUCUGAAUGAGAGACAAGUUGUGAUUGAACAGACGCGAUUUCUUAGCACUGUAAUUUUACGUAGCGAACUUAAGUUAGAGUAUUUACUCUGGAGUAAAUUUUUGCGGUAAUUUUUAUUUGCAGGAACUUAUUUUUGCGGAUCGCUGGAAAAACCGCAAAAAUUGCAAAAAUAAGAACCCGCAAAAAAUUCGUGCCACACGGUAUGUCGAGGAUAUUGUUGUUUGAGGCCAAUUCUGUGCUUAAGUCACUACGUAGUGCCUUAAGCCAUACUCGAAAUGCUCCUGUAAACUAAAGUUAUGAAGAAGAUAUUAACUAAACAAACGUCGUCUAUCGAAGUACCGAACUAAUAAGCUCGGCUUCAGCUUCUGGGAAAGGAGCGCGGGCUCAUUUCCUGAACAGCAGCUGGUAAUAGAGCCUGGGUAGGUACUUCAUAUAUGAUUAUUAUGUACCUAAACAUACUUAUCAUAUCUUAUCAUAUGUUAUUAUUAUUAUUAUACUAUAUGAUCAUUGUGAUAAAUUACAAUAAACAGACAAGACACUGAAGUGGUGCCAUACAAAACAGGAAAAAAUAUUCUUACCUUCUACUCUUAGUUUCGAAUUCUUUUCUCAGGCACAUUCCGGAGGAGUAAAAUUCUUCUUAAAAUGAGAACUCGCACACAAUAUGUCUAUAGCCAAAGCUACAAAGACACGAAGAAAAGAGCGAAGAGCAGACCUCAAAAAGACUAAACUCUUCCACCUGUUAGCUAACGUAAACUCCACCUAGAAUGAGAUUCUUGUUGCGUCGUUAGCGUGUACAAAGUGUUUUUACUUCUCCUGAAGAAAAUGAAAGUCGGCAUUCGGGUAAACAGUCGCUAAAGAGACUUAUUUACCAAUCAGAAUUCGUUUAAUAGACUGAUAAAUCAAUCAGAAGUCGUAUCAAAUGCAGCUUUCGCCCAGCGCGGGAAAAAAAGGCGGGAAAAGCCGUGCGCUCAAAGGAAGAAUUUUUUAAAACAAAACUUAAAAGCGUUCAAUGUAGACUCAUUCCACUUCGCUUGAUUGCUUUAUAGUUGCCAAAUUUUCUCUUAACACUUAAUGGUUGUAAACUUAUUCCUUGUCACUACUCGUGUCUUGUAUUUUGACUCGCCCUAAAGGCUGGCCAAAAUACAGCGUGACUCUUAAAAAUAUCUAACGAUACUACAAGUGCACACUAAACCGUCCAAGAAGUGAGUUUACGUAACAGGACGGCAGGAAGAAGAGAACGGCAAAACGCUCGUGUGUGACAAACGCGACAGGGCUAUUACUUGCGUGUUUUGUCGUGAUCUUCACUUACAUUAAUGCUUUCUGGUCUUUUACAAAAAGACCCGUUUAAAGAAGGAUGAAGUUCGGCGGAAAAGUUUUUGAAGCAAAAUUAUUGUCACGCUUGUCACACUUUCGCCGUCUUCUUUCCUCUCCCGUCCUGUUGCGUAAGCUCACUUUUUAUUGCUGAUUUGGCAAGAUAUAGAAUCAAUUCUCAUUGGUGAAUCUGUUUAAUUUUCACAGGGUUAACAGUCUGGGCGACUGUGGAUCCAAGAACCGCCAUUAUAGUAUCCGCAAUAUGGCCGCCAAUAUUUCUCUUUACAUUCGUUGCGUCGCGGGGAAAUCUUCAUCUCUUCCGCUACUCCCAAACUGCCGAAUCCUUUCCUAAGAUACAACAACGCAAGUUUGAAAUAGACUGUCGCUUAUCGCCACGCUGGAAAGAGCGACUUAGAACCGUGUGGAACUCAUCUCAUCAUAUGCUAAUGUUGUUCUUAGUUUAUUUUAGCGAGUAUAUUAUUCUCUCAGCGAUUCUUUCCACACUUAUCUUUGAGGGCGCAGGGGUGGGUCCGGAAUUUGUUCCCCGGGGACAUUUUGAACACUACGUCCUGAGCACCAUGGUAGGCGAGUUCCUGGGACGAACAUUCAUUUCCAUGCUCCGCGCUGUCUCUCCUGGAUUCUUCUUUAAUUCAGGCCCAGUCCUGGCACUUUUACCUCUUGCUGAGACGAUCUUUCUUACACUGGCAACCUGGUAUCAACUCGUUUCCCAAGUAUGGGUCAUUUGGUUGUUGUGCUUUAUCCUGGGUACGGCUUGUGGAAUGAUUUUCUCCAACUCGUAUCACAUCAUCGCACGAAGGUUCAUCUCGCAUCACGUGAUAUUCAGUAUCACUCUGACGUCAAUACUAGAAACCGCUGGCAUUCUGACAGCAGGAUUACUCGGAAUUCACGUAGAGAAGACUUUAAAAGAACAUUGCUUGCACCACUUCGGCAAUAAAUCUGACUGCCUUACCCGAAGCAUGGAUUCGUCAUUUUGGGAAUAUGGAAACAGAUUUAAUUCCGAUGGGAAAACUGCCCUUAUUCUAUGA